AUGUCAUCUGCCGAUGCCGCAGAUGAUAGCAUCCCGGAUCGCGGUCCGGCAGUAUUUGCCGUGACGGCCGCAACAUUCGUCUUAGCGAGUGUGAUGGUUGCUGCCCGUUUAUUUUGCCGGCGAUGGAUUGUCAGAAAUGUCAGCUGGGACGACAAGAUUAUGUUCUUUGCCUGGAUGAUUGCUUUUGGAUUAUCAUUCACCAUUUGCUUUGGUACUCGAAAAGGUUUGGGUCGCUUCGACGAAAAUAUACCCUCGGGCCACUGGAAUUCCUUACGAGAGUGCGAAUAUGUCUUUUCGAUACUCUAUAAUCCCGCCCUGAUGGCGACCAAGACCAGCAUUUUGAUCUUCUACCUCCGCCUCUCUAAGAAUACGAAAAAGGUGCUCCGGUUUGCUUCUUGGGUGACUUUGGGCAUCGUCAACCUAGCAGGCACUGUACUCACCCUCAUCAACAUCUUCCAAUGUCGACCUGUUCAGGCGGCAUGGGAAAUCUGGCGGGACACUUCGCAAUGCAUCCCGCUGCUAACGGAAUUCAUCUGCUCUGCUCCCAUCAACAUCGUAACCGAUCUAGCCAUCCUAGCGUUGCCGAUUCCGGUUCUCACGGGAAUGAGAUUGCCGCCGAGGCAAAAAAUCAUUCUCGUACUCACUUUUACCAUUGGUAUAUUCGUUACUAUUGUGGACGUCGUCCGAAUCUACUACCUACAGCAAGCCGUUAGCUCGGUGCCCACUGGCGGCAUUUCGAGCGAUCCCAGUUCCCACUUUGGUGGUACACCCGAUUUCGCUUGGAAUUCGUCCUUGUCAUUCAUGUGGUCAGCCGUCGAAGUCAACGUGGGAAUGGCUUGCGCGUGUAUCCCUACCCUCAAGCCGCUAAUCAUCAAGAUUCUGCCUGCCAUGAUCAUCGACCCGGACGGAACGAGAUCGAGCACGCAAACCGAAAAGGACAUCCUGGACAGUCCUAGAAAUCGAACCGGUAGCGACGGUCUUGUGUCGCCAACGAAUCCGAACGAUCGCGGCUCAGUCAAUAUCCAAGAGCCCCCGGCAACACUCCGUGCCAGCCGAGAUAUGAACGGAGCCUCAAACACGGACGAAUACGAUAUGACAGCACUCGAGUUCUUGACAACACCGGAUAUGACAUUGGCCGAGUACGAGGCAACCGGGGCGGGAAGAAUCGGCGGCGUUCCCAACAGGGCCUCUAUAGCGACGAGCAGAGAAAACACCAUCUACUUUGGUUUCGUCAACAUGAAGCGUCCAAAGAGCAUGGUCAAGUGCGACGCUCAAGAAUCACUCCGGUACUGCCUAGUGGUCACAAUCCUCUUUCUCAUGUGGGGCAUCUCUUACGGUCUUCUCAACACCCUCAACAACGUCAUUUCCGGCGUGUCAGGCAUGACCGUCGCGCAAACUCUGGGCCUCACAACCGCUUACUUUGGCGGCGGUUACUUCUUUGGCCCCUUGCUGGUCGGAGAGUGGAUUCUAAGGCGGGACGAACAUCAUCGCAGAAACCGCAAGAACAACAAACGCGAUGCAGAGAGUGUUGGUGGCUUCAAAGUUACUUUCAUUGUUGGGCUCUGCUUUUACGGUGUCGGAACCAUCAUUUUCUGGCCAUCUGCUGUCACCAAGUCGUGGGGCGGUUUCUUGCUCAGCAACUUUGUAGUUGGCUUUGGCCUAUCUGUUCUCGAGACAGGAGCCAAUGCUUUCUUAAUUCUCUGCGGGCCGCCAGAGUUCGGAGAAACACGACUACUUCUUGCUCAAGGUAUCCAAGGUGUCGGCUCUGUUUUGAGCGGCCUAAUGGCCCAAAGGGUCUUCUUCACCAAGAUCACCAACCAGGGUGGCUCGGAUUCUGUAACGCUGCUGAACGUACAGUGGACGUACCUUGCCAUCACACUGCUUUGCGUCGCCCUUGGCCUAUUCUUUUACUAUAUGCCGCUCCCAGAAUUGAACGACAACGAAUUGCAAGAAUCAGCAGACCGACUUCCAGUCAACCCUCAGAAACGCAGCAUUGGCGGUUUGCAACUGCGCACAUGGAGUUUGAUCCUGGCCGUACUCGCACAGUGGACGUACGUCGCUUGCCAGGAAAGCAACAAUAUCUUCUUCCGCGCACUUGCCAUAGCCAUCCUUCCUGAUCGGGAAGAUGGCGGUACCGCUGCUACGAAUGCCGAUACAAGCCCAGGCGAAAACAGCGACAAGCCUCCUGGCCUCACAAUAGGCGUCACUGACUAUCAUCUCAUUGCGCACAGUGCAUUCGCCAUUUCGCGAUUCAUUGUUGCUUACUUGACCUAUCUCUCGGUGCGCAACCCACGCAUGCCGAAACCGAGAACGUGGUUGGCCAUCAGCGUCGGUCUCUCCAUAUUGUUCGCCCUUCUCACUGUGGUCUUACAGCCGUCGGAUCCGAACCUCCUGAUGAUUGCCGUCAUCCUCUUCUACUUCGCCGAAGGACCUGUGUGGCCCCUGAUCUUCGCCAUCGGCCUACGCGGCCAAGGCAGGCGUACUAAGCGUGCUGCUGCCUUUAUCACUAUGGGUGGCUCCGGCGCAGCGUUCUUCCCGUACAUUAUCUACGCGGUCAUUAAUACCGGCGUUUCGGUGCAACUUUCGUUCGUCAUCAUCGUCGCCUUGUUCGUUCUCACAGGCUUCUACCCCAUAUGGCUUGCGUUUGUGCGUGACGCCAAGACAAUGACAGAUCCUGCCCACUCCUAUAUAUCCCCCGAGGAGCGCGUUUCCGGAGAGGAUGAGAUCGACAUCAAUCGCCAACUUAGGAGGCGCAGGCGAACGCUCUCCACAAUUGCGGCCAAGAGCAAGCGAGGCAGCAUUUUCAGCAAGAUACCCCACCUGGGGAGGACCAACGGCGAGAGCGUCACACCGCCAGCAGUAGAGCAUUCUGAAGAAAAGAAUGACUCCACUAAAGGAUCUGAGGGGAGCAACGAUACCCAUCAAUCUCUGAUAGUGUGA